AUGUGGAAACAAUUUUUUAGACAAAAACCGAUUUUAAUUAUUUCGCGUUGUUCGAUUUCUUCAUUAUCAAAUGAUCUGAUUCGAAAACGUAUAAUACCUUAUGUUGAUAAAACAAAUUAUGUUAAUGAACUUUCACAAACUCUACCAAAAUUAGAAUCAUAUAGAAGAGCAGCAAUACUAUUACCUAUUUAUUAUAAUGAAAAAACGAAUCGAGUAGAAAUUUUAGUUUUACAACGAUCAAAUAAAGUUCGAUCACAUACAGGAAUGAUUGUAUUUCCCGGUGGAAUAUGUGAUUUAACUGAUCGAGAUGUAAUUCAUACAGCUCAACGUGAAGCAGAAGAAGAAAUAGGUUUAAAAUCAGAACAUUAUUCAAUACUUGGUUGUUUACCACCAACAAUUGAUUCUCGAGCAGUCAUUGUCACACCUGUUAUUGCAUUACUUCAUUCACCAAAAUUUACGGAUUAUUGUUUAGCAGUUGAUGAAAUAAUUAAUGCAUUCUAUGUAGAUCUUGAACAAUUUUUAUAUAAGAAAAAUAAUCAUAAAAUAUUAGAUGUUGGUGAUCAUUUUGUAACACAUCAUUUUUAUAUUGAUAAAUAUCAUAUAUGGGGUAUAACAGCUUAUGAAUUAAUUACUCUUGCUGCAAUAGUCUUUCAACAAUUACCAGAAUUUCCUUUUUUUCGUCAUGGAGUACAUUUCGAUUUAAAACGAUUAUCCGAACAAUUAAAAAAGCAUUUUCAAUUGUAUGUUAGUUAUGAAAAAAAAGCUGAACUUGAAUUACAAUUGAAUAAAAUCGGUGGUUUAAAAUAA